AGUUGGAUUAUUGUUAAUAAGAUAUUUAAUUAUAAUUAAUGUUUUUUUUUCUAUUAGUUUAAAAUAAUACGAUGGCGAUACCAAAAAGUAACUGGCCUUUUUGAAAACGAAACUCUUUAAUGGUGAAGUCUUUUUUAUUUUAAUCCUUGCGAUAUGUCAAUAUGACAAGAAUGCCUAUUCUUUGCUAUAACAUUUUGAAGCAUGCUUUCAAUUCCUUUAUUCCAUUUCAAGAAAAUGUAAUUCCAACUACCAGAAAAUUAGAAUACUAUUCGUAUAAAAUUAACAAACACCGCGUGGGCGCGGACGCAGAGCCGCCGGCGUGCGAAGCUCGCCUGCUCAACGGCGACCUCUGGCGGCGCUUUCACGACAUCGGCACUGAAAUGAUCAUCACUAAGGGAGGACGACGCAUGUUUCCCUCUCUCCGCAUAUCCCUCGGAGGUCUCGAUCCUCGCGAGGAGUACUGCGUGCUGCUCGAGCUGGCCCUGGUGGGGCGGCGGCGCUGGCGCUGGGCGGGCGGCGCGUGGGCCCCGGCCGGGGGCGCGGAGCCGCAGAGCCCUCGCCGGCUCAUGCUGCACCCCGACUCUCCAGCCCCCGGACAUCACUGGACUGCGAACCCCGUGUCUUUCAGUAAACUCAAGCUGACGAAUAAUACUAUGGAUGCACAGGGACAUAUGGUUCUAACCUCCAUGCAUAAGUACCGUCCUCGCGUGCUGGUGGUGCGCGCGCGGGACGCCGCCGCCCUUGCCUGGGGAGCGCCCCACGCCUCCUUCUCCUUCAAUGAGACCGAAUUCAUCGCUGUCACUGCUUACCAGAAUGACCGCAUCACAAAACUGAAGAUCGACAACAAUCCGUUUGCUAAAGGGUUCCGCGCGUGUGGCCAGUCAAAGUGUAAGAGGAAGAGCACGGACUCUGGCAGCGAGGGGAACCCUGAGCCCAGCGCUGAGCCUAGCGAGCCCAAGCGGCCCUGCUCCGACGCCGCCUCCUCUUGCUCCGAAGAAGGAAGCUUACGGUCUUCGUCCCCACGAUCUCCUCCUUUAGUGGAGUCGCCUACCCCUUGCUUGCCGGUGGUAUCUCCUGAGAAUGUGACUCCUCCUCCAGCGCCUUUUUACCCUCCGGAGCUGGCGUACCUGCCGCCGCUGCACAUGCCCAUGCCUUUGGGGCUCUGGGGCAGCGCCAUGCCGGGCGGGUUCCCCUGGCCGGCGCCGCUGCCCGCGCCCGCCGCCCCCGCGCCCCGCUCGCCCCCGCCCGCGCCCUGCCGCCGCCUCAAAAGCUUCACCAUCAGCGCUCUACUCGGCGAAGGCUGAUUCUCAACUACAGCAUAGCUCUAUUGGACAUAAAUGACAGAAACAUUAAAUGUCAACGAAUAUUAUUUGUUCCUCCGUGAAUGUGAACAGUUUAUUGUUAUAUUACAGCUUCGCGCCAUGUAUAGGGUACUUAAAUUAAUAAUAUAAUUAAGAAUGUUAAAGCGACGGGGAUAUUCGCAAUAUCUACUUACCAUAAAUUAAUGUAAAUAUUUUAGUUAAGUAUAUUUAAUGAAUACCGAUCUUUCUUUGUAACUACCUCGUUAUUCUAAGUUUGUACCUAUGGAAUAUUGUAUUGUGAUAGCAGUGCCUUAAGUUUGUAUAAAAUGCUUAAAUUUUAUAAAUAAUUUAAUUAAAGAUAAGCUCUACAAUUAUUAUAUUCAUCAUCACUUAUAGAAAGUAGUAAAUAUUAAGUUAAUUGUGUAAAGAAGUAUAUUUUCUUAUGUGUACUAUACGUAUUAAUGUAAAUAAUAUCAGUCACCACUUAAGUAAUUAAAAUAUAUUUUUUUUUAUUUGAUUUUA